AUGAAAUCAGGAGUCCGUAUGAUAACUUGUUUUUAUUUAGGAGGCCUACACCAUGAAUUCUAUUAUAUGACAAAGGCCUAUAAUUCAUCCGUCAGUCAUUAUCUCAUUAUUGCCAUUGGCGGCAAACCAUAAACUAUAAACAAACUUAUAUAAAUGGCACGGCACCUAUUCCUUAAUUAUUUAUUUUUUUAUUUUUUUGACAGCCUGUCUAAUUUUUAGUUCGACAUUAAGUUUACAGUACAAAACUACAGCGAAAAUUUAAAAAAUGAGAAAGUGUCAAAAAGCGAAGCUGUUAGAACCCUGAAUUCACUCCAGUCAAAUGCUGAAACCUUAGAAAAAAUACGAGCUUCUGGAGAUCAACCAAGAGGAAGAAAUUUACGUAAUAUGGAGAAAUUUAUAUUACGUUCCGGUCUUGAGUUAGAAGAUGUUGAUAAGUUAUCUGUAAUACACAUCAGUGGUACAAAAGGCAAAGGAUCCACAGCUGCAUUUUCUGAGAGUAUAUUAAGACAUCAGGGAUAUAAAACUGGAUUUUUUAGUUCUCCACACUUAGUUGAAGUUCGAGAGAGGUUUCGUAUUAAUGGAAAACCAAUUGCUAAAGAAUUAUUUUCAUCAAAAUUUUGGCAUGUUUAUAAUAAAUUGAAUGAGUCAAAGGUUGAUUAUGAUGGAUUGAUGCCACCGUAUUUUGCCUUUCUAACUGUUUUAUCAUGUCAUAUAUUCUUGGAAGAAAAAGUUGACGUAACUAUUCUUGAAGUAGGGAUUGGAGGAGAAUAUGACAGCACCAAUUUUAUACGUCAUCCUGUUGUGUGUGGAAUUACGUCUCUUGGCUUAGAUCACACAUCUAUAUUAGGCAACACUAUAGAAUCCAUUGCUUGGAAUAAAGCAGGAAUAUUUAAGACAGGUGUUCCAGCCGUAACAGUUGAACAGUCACCUGAAGCUAUGAUGGUCAUCCAGGAAAGAUCAGUGGAAAAAAAGAAUCCAGUAUAUGUAACAUUACCUUUACCAGAUCAUGAAAAGAUAACUCUUGGUAUUCAUGGAUGUAAACAAAGAUUAAAUGCUGGCUUGGCUUUACAACUAUGCAAGAUAUGGAAAAAUUCAAUUGCAAAAAAAGAUAUAGAUAUGAAUACUAAUUGUAUUGCUAGUGAAGUAUUAAGUAAAAGUAAUAUUUGUGGUAUACCAGUUCUUAACAUAGAUAGAUUAACAGAUGAAGAAAAACAAGGUUUAUCUGAAUGUAAAUGGUAUGGUAGAAAUCAAAUAGUACAUAAACCUGGUAUUACAUAUUAUUUAGAUGGAGCUCAUACCAAAGACAGCAUGCAGCAAUGUGUUUCAUGGUUUAAUGAAUUAUCUCAAGCAGAAGCAGAAAAUAUAUCGGGACAAGUGGUAAAAGUAUUAUUAUUUAAUGUAACAGGUGAUAGAGAUGUUGUACCAUUACUUACAAUGUUACAGCCAAUAAAUUUUGAUGCUGCUGUUUUCACUCCUAAUUUAACAUUUACCUCAGUUGACCAGAUGCAUGCAGAUAAUGUGAAUAGAACCGUGUCAGAUGCAUCAAAACAGAGAAGAUGUUGUUUAAAUAAAGAAACUUGGGAUAAAUUAUUCCAAAAGCAAACAGAAUGUAAAACAUCUAUGCUGGACUGUGUUUUAAACAAGGACCUGUCUGUCAAUGAAGAUAAUAAUAAUGAUGUUUUAUCAAGAAAUGCUCACAAAAAUAGUGUGAUUUCCUUGACUGCCAAAGACAAACCUCUAGUGUCCUAUUCUUUUCCAUGUAUUUCAAGUGCUUUAUUUUGGGCUACUCAAGGUCUAGAUUCAUCUGCAUCUAUUGAGUCUGAGAGCGAAAUUCCUGAUAUUCCAAAAACUUUCCGUCAUAAAGCUCACAUACAGAUUCUAAUUACAGGAAGCCUGCACUUAGUAGGAGGAACUUUAGAACUAAUAAUGCCAAAUUUAAAUGACUGAGUUAUUGAAUUUUAACAUUAGUGUUAUAUUAAUACUAAUAUUUAAUAUGGGGCGAUUUUAGCAUAAUUUCCAAAACCAAUAUAUGUCUCUUCUAACUUGUUCCUUUUAAAGGUAGCAGAGAAUAUAACAGAAAGUGGACUUCGUUAUAUGAGAAGUUCCCAGUCAAUAACUAAAUAUUGGGUAAUAGAUGUCCAAUGAAUAAGUUAUGGCUGGUGUGAUGGUAAAAACUGAAAAAUAAGGAUGAAUCUAAAAUAACACAUCUAUAUAUAACUGUAAUCAUUUGACAACAAAACAUUUGGUUGUAUCAGAAUUUUGAAUGUUAAUAAUUAUCCUUCCUGGUUCCACGUAGGAGGUAUUUCUAAAAUGAUAUGCUAGAUCAUAUUCAUUUUAUACACAGUUGGUGAAUGGGAGUAUAUGAAUGAAAAUGAAUGAUCGGGAAGUCUGAUACAACAAUUUCAAAUUGAGAUAUAUUUAUGUUGUAUUGGCUACAGCAAGAUUCUGAGAGGAAAAAAUAAAAAUGUCAUAACAUUUUACAAAAUUUAAUUUGAAAAAUAUUAUGAUUCAAUAAGCAGAAAUUAAUUGAACCGGUCGAGUCUACACAAGUUUUCAAAUUGGGAUCCAAACAUGUAAAUUUGCUUUUAUUAUUUUAUCUGAGCUUUUUGGUAUCAAACAAUGUAAACAUCUCAUUUACAAAAAAUGGAAUAUAUAAUUAUAGAAGCUAGCAUUAUUUUCUAACUCAUCAGAACAUCUGUUAUAUAGCCAUGGUUAAAAGCUGUAUUUAAUUCGUUCUCAGUCAUGUUUUUGAUUUGCUCAAUUUAAUUUUCCUAAUCCCAAUGGGAAAAUUUUAUAUCUUCGUAUUGCCUCCUGAGCAGCAUCAGUUGUAUGUAUAAAGUUACAUGACCCCAAAAAUCGGUAAAUGUAGACAUUUUUCAUUGACAGAGAAAUUAUUAAUAUAAUCAUAAGGUAAUAUAUAUAAUUCACUUUUGGGUCCUGGGCCCUUAUUCACGAAAACUUAAACUAAGAUACAAUCAAAAUUUUAAGAAAUACUGCAAUUCGAUUGGCUGACCAGUAAAAUCAAUUUGCAUAUAUCCAAUUUGCAUAUUGGUCAGCCAAUCGAAUUGCAGUAUUUCUGAAAAUUUCGAUUGUAUCUUAGUUUAAGUUUUCGUGAAUAAGGGCCCUGUAUUGUUAGCCCUUUCUUUAUUAUUUAAAUGACCUCUAAAUUCUAUAGAAAUAUUGUCCAUCUUAUAUAUACUUCAUGUCAAUAGGCAUAAAUACUACUUUUAUAUAUAUAUAAUGUAUUUUAUAAAAUAUGAUGAUCAAUACAAUAUAUUUGAGAUAAAAGAAUGUUCUUGUAUAUAUUGCAAGUCAUCCGAUUAUAAAUGACCUUACAAUUCUUUACAAACUAUACAAUAAUACUUUAUUGGAGACCAAUACACACUCAAUUGUAUUCGGAUUUUGUUAGUUAUCGUUUGGACAGAAUGCUCUUUUCCAAACAAACAUGUUUUCUUGACUCCACCUGGAUGUUGUAAGUUCACUUGUUUUGUGGGGUUUUUUUUGUCCGUUUAAUAUACUAAGACUAUAGAUUUAAUUUAGGACUAUUGCAAUAAACCUAUAAAUAUAAAACAUUAGUUUAAUUGUAUUAUUGGUCUAAAUAUUUUUGUGGCAAUAAAUUUGAAAAUGGUUGAUUGAUUGAAAUAAAUGAUUUUUAAGUUGUAAAUAGGUAAUCUUAGGACACUAUGUGUAGUCGUAAACAAGUCCACAACCCCAUGUACCUGUUGACAAAAGUUUGAAUUAAAGGAUUUCAAUUAGGA